AUGUCCAAGGAUAGCCCCAGGUUGGGCAGGCUGGGUGUGUUAGCGCCCGCCGCGCUAUCGGCUUGUAUGGAUGCUUCUGUAUUGGCUGUACCCGCCGCUGGUGCUAUAGUAUCCACAGUCCUUAAGGAACUCAGCAAGGCUUUCAUGUUAAAAAAAUGGUUCCAUGGCGUUAUGUCAGCUAAGGAAGCCGAGCAUUUGAUGAUGGAGAAGGGUCGGAACGGGUCGUUUCUGGUGCGAGAGUCCCAGGCUCACCCUGGCGAGUACGUACUAUCUGUGCGUGUGAGAGGUCGAGUCAGUCAUGUUAUGAUCAGGAAACAGCAAAACAAAUACGACGUAGGCAGCGGUGAGCAGUUCGAUGAUCUGGUGGGUCUGAUAGAACAUUUCCGAUCCUAUCCCAUGAUAGAGACAUCUGGUGACGUUCUACGUCUUCUGCAACCAGUCAGCGGAACCUGUCUCCGCGUGCAUGAUAUAGAUCAGAAAGUACAGCAAAUGGAUAAUUUCCAAAAACCCGAUCAGAGAAACGGUUUCGACGGCGAAUUUCAAUCGUUGAAGAUGGUUGAGGACAUGCACGUAUUUACAACGACCGAAGGCAUGAAGGCGGAAAAUUUUAAUAAGAACAGAUAUCGAAACAUUUUACCUUAUGACCAGACGCGUGUGCUACUGCGUGGACGUGACGGUCGCACUGAGUCAGACUACAUUAAUGCUAACUACAUUCGUUCGUCCAGGCUGAGUGAUUCCUCUAGUUCAGUACAAUCUUCCAACGAAAGUCUGAACAGUGUCAAUUCUUUAAUUCUUGGUCUUGACACAAAGAGAACAGUUCCGCUAGUCACCAAAUCCCUAUCAGAAGAGGCGCUAAGAGAUGUUAAAAAGAGUAUUAAAUUGGAGAGGAUUAACAGAAAUAUAUACAGAAAUAUAGUGAAAGAGAAAAUAUACAUCGCAAGUCAGGGCUGUCUCUCAAAUACUGUUGAUGAUUUCUGGAGAAUGCUUUGGCAAGAGGACGUCAGGGUUAUAGCAAUGAUCACAAACGAAUAUGAAAAGGGAAAGAAAAAAUGCGAGCGUUACUGGCCAGCAUCAGGCCAAGAAGAGCGUUACGAUGAUCUGAUUGUAAAAUCAAUUUCUGAGACAUGCUACGAAGACUAUACUUUGAGAGAAUUUGAUGUAAGCGAUAAAAACAUCUGCAGGACCAUCUACCAGUACCAAUAUACGUGUUGGCCUGAUCACGGCACACCAGCUGAACCCGAGGGCGUGCUUUCCUUCAUGGAAGAUAUUAAUAGGAAGAUGUACCAAAUAUCCCAACAAAAAGAUGUACCGGAACAGAAUGUGCUGUGUGUGCACUGCUCAGCAGGAGUUGGGAGAACCGGAACCUUUAUAGUAUUAGAUAUGCUUAUUGAUAAAAUAAAGCAAACUGGUUUUAACUGCGAAAUAGACGUCCAUAGCACGGUGAAGUUGGUGCGAGCUCAACGAAGUGGGAUGGUUCAGAAUAAGGCGCAGUACAGAUUCAUAUAUCUCGCCUUGCAAAGUUACAUAGAUAAUAAUAAUAACGUUAAAUUAAAAAGGAAAGUCAUCCUGUUACCAUUCCUACGAAACAUGGUCUUUUAA